AUGAAUAAAGUUUCUGGUGCAACUACUUACUCUAAUAAUUAAGGAUAAAAAUCCCAUAAAUCUCAUUAAUCAAAGUUGCCAGAAAAAGUUAGAUUACAGGAUCAUGGUUUGAUGAUUUCUUAAAAAAAAGAGAAGAGAAACUAGAAAGAGGAUAUAAGAAAAUAUUUAAAGAGUUAAAACAAUAAAUAUUUAUCACAUCUAUUUUGA